AAGAGUGGUAAACAGAUCCUCAGCACAAGACAUCAAACACUUAAGGCAAAGAUGCGUGGAUAUCUGUUACUUUGCUUCAUUGCCUCCGUUUCGGCGGCCAAGUUGGGCUACAACUACCAGGCUGCUGCCGGCGAUCGUCGCUUUGCAGGACUCAUCGAUGCCGAGGCCACAGGAUUCAGUGCCACUCACCCGCAGCAGCAGCAGCAGCAGCAGCAACAACUGGUGCAGCAGGACUCGCAGCAGCAGAUUCCUGCCGCCGCUGAUGAGUUCAGCAAGGAGUUCUACACAUAUGCCGCCCCGGAGGAAGAGUUUGCGGACCGCGAGGCCACCGAACACAUUGCCAGCAUGCUGAAGCGCAACCUGCGCGUCCUGUUCAUCAAGUCGCCGGAGCACCAGGGCCUCACCAACGCCGCCCUUCAGUUGGCCAAACAGGCCAGUGAACAGCGGACGGCUAUUUAUGUGCUCAGCAAGCAGGCGGAUGUUGGCCAACUGGCCCAGCGUUUGGCCAGCGAGAACCAGGCCCAGAACCACAAGCCCGAAGUGCACUUUGUCAAAUACCGCACACCCGAGGAUGCGGUGCGUGCCCAGCAGCUCAUCCAGCAGCAGUUCGACUCCUUGGGCGGCAGCUCUCGCAGCUCCGACGAGGGCGUGGCACCCGUCCUGGACUUCAGCUCAGCGCCAGCUGCCAUCGAUGGUCGGGAUCAAAACGAGACACAAAAUCAGGUGCAGGCGGUCACUCCGCUCACAAAGUAUUUGCCAGCUGCCUUGCUGCGUAGUAAAUAGAUUUAUUAGG